CUAAGCUUUAGGCCGGUAGAGAGGUCAUGACAAUCGAAAUCUUAGUGAACUGCAACAAUGGCUUCGUCAUCUAACCUACGGAGGAGGCAAACUCGUACUAUGAAUGGAGGCGCCAAUUUCUUGGACAAGAAACACGAAAUGGGUCGCGCACGAGCGCAAGAAGUUCGCCGACGUGCUGAGCAAUUGAGAACGGAAUUGGUAGAACAGAUUGAUGGUCAACUCAAUGAGUUACUCGAUGACGUCCUCUACGAUGUGGAUAACUUGGAAUCCGUCGUAGAUCACUCGUUUGUUAGAGACAAGCUGAAUGGAAAUAAAGUAUUUGUGGCAAGACAGUCAAUGUUAACGGAACUUCUUGAAGUUAACCAUAUCAAGACAAUCUACAACAUCUUUGUGGCCCUACUUGUCAUGUUCAUUAUAAAUACAGUGGUCUAUGACUACAUUGAUUCAGGGAGUCUUUCACUUGACCUCUCAAUACUGAAAUGGGCAUUUGGUAAACCUUCGAUAGUUGUCAGCUUGUGGCUCGUAAUGAAGGUCAUGGCACUCUCUGCAUUUCCUCUUUUCAUGGCUUGGCACACAAACCGCCAUUCAUGGCUGCCUCUACCAGACCUGGUCUGGCUUACUUUUUACAUUAUCUACAUGACUGUAUUUACAAUACUCCCUGUCAAAGAAGUUUGCCAACAGGAUCUUCCACCUGCCUCUUCAAUUAUCAUCCUUGCAGAACAGAUUCGCUUUAUGCUCAAAGUGCAUGCAUUUGUCAGGGAAAAUGCACAUAAGGUUCUUUCCUACAAAAAGUCAAAAGGGCUAAAGGAGAACUCAGAGUCAUCUGCAGAAACAGAUCAAGCUAAUGAGGGAGAUAUCGAUGAUGCAAAUGAGGACAGAGAUGAGAAAGAAAAGCAGUCACUACCAGAGUUUGGACAAUACCUGUACUUCUUGUUUUGCCCAACUCUCAUCUACAGAGAUCAGUACCCUAUGACUCCUUGUAUCAGAUGGAAUUAUGUGGUAUCCAAUUCAUUUCAAACCGUGGCCUGUAUCUUCUACACGUACUACGUUUUUGCCCGUUUUUGUGUGCCCGUGUUCAGGAAUAUUGGAAAGGGACAUUGGAGUUUUAAACAUUUCACGUUGUCAGUAUUCAACUGUAUGCUUCCCGGGACAAUGGUUCUUGUUCUUGGUUUCUUUGCCAUCCUUCAUUCCUGGUUAAAUGCCUUCGCGGAAAUGACCAGGUUUGCUGACAGAAUGUUUUACGAGGAUUGGUGGAACUCUACCUCCUACGCUGACUACUACCGCACAUGGAAUGUUGUAGUGCAUGAUUGGCUGUACGCGUACAUCUACAAGGACGUUUUGAUGCUUAUUAAGAACCGUCAAGUGGCAAGAGUGACCGUGUUUAUCUUGUCCGCCAUUGUUCACGAAUAUGUGUUGAUGUUCUCUUUUCGCUUCUUCUUCCCAAUUCUUCUCUUUAUGUUUGGUGUCAUAGGAUUGUCGUUUGUGUUCUUGAAACCAAAGAAACACGUCGAGAACAUAUCUCAGGCUUGGAAUGUGUUUAUGUGGAUCACAUUGAUCAUCGGCAAUGGGCUGUUGAUGUGCUUGUAUAGUCAGGAAUGGUUUGCCCACCGGAACUGCCCCAGUACGAGUAAAUCGCUCCUGGAUCAAUUAACCCCUCGGUCUUGGAGUGAGGAGUGUCUAAAACUGUACCAGCACACUCAAUAAAGAAAAAUCAUCUGCAAGACUUAAUCAUGCAUCACAUGUAACAUACAGGAAAACAAAUGACAUGUCAUGAUCAAACGUAAAACCAAUUCUUACCGACCGUUGUAAAUUAAGAAAGAGGGCCUUUUAGUUUCACGGGAAAACUAAGUGAAGACUUUUAUGUGACUUUGAACUGUUCUGAUUGAUUUGAAUUGUCUGACUUCUGGACCCUUAAGAGUGACUAGCAUCUAAGUUCUCCUUACAAUGUCGCCCCUGAAUCAAAGACUAAGGUAACGAGAAUACAGGAAACGAUCACCAAUGAAAGAUGCUUGUGAAUGUUAAACCGGCAAAUUCUCCUCGUCAGCAUCUUAGGAAAUUUUGGAGAACAGUACGAAGAAUAUGAAUUUUGAUUUUAGGUUGGAAAGGGUUAACCCAAUCCUAGUUAUUACCUUUACGGUUUUUAACGAAAAAUUGAAUUGGACGCUUUUAAAAGUUCAUCGGUUUUUGGGAUUAAUACUGAAGACAAAUAGAAAACUUGACAUGAAAGAAAAAAUAAUGGAACUGAACACAAAUCGUUGUCUCAUCCAUUAAAAUAAUAUUUGUCACACAGUUGAA